AAUAAACAAUACUGAAUUUUAAACAGACCUGUAGGCUUACGUGUGUCAACAAACACAAUUAGCAGGGGAACCAGUUAAAACAAAACUUUGAAUACCCAAAAUCAAGCAUGAACAACUGUUCAAAAGUUGGAAUAUAUAACCAUGACGACUGUUGCGAAAGCUCAACAUAAGAUGUAUUUGUCCCUAUGCAUCAUUGUUUCAGUCUUCUUACCCAUAAUUUACUCCGGAAGCCUAUAUAAGAUGCCAACAGCUUGUCUAGCAACAUGUCCCACGAUUAAAACAGUGAAAUCCUGUCCAGUCAACAAAGAAGAGAAGGAGGAAAGAGAAAGAUUAUUAGCCUGUGAAAAAAUAAACCAGAAUUGUACUGAAGCUGCUAAAUUCAAGUAUCACUGCCUUAUGAACGAAAGGGGGGAACUUGUUGAACUUUGUGCACCUAUGGUCUGCAUCUUAGGGAGAGUAUGUGCAGAGUUCAACCUUGGGGGAGGUCUUAUUCAGGAACUCCAUACAAAGAAUUGUAAAAAUUGCCCAUUCCUGUAUGAUUCGUCUACAUUGUUCGAAUAUCAAGAGUGUUUUCCUCAUUCAACAUAUACGAAGAGAAAAUAUUCAAAGGAAAAAACGCAUAAGAGCAAUCCUGGUGGCACAUACUCCAUUUUGUUAGUGUUUGGGAUUCUUGGCCUGGUGUUUUUAUGUUCCUUUUCCGUAUUUCUCUAUUGUUCAAAAGCUUCUAACAUGAAACCAUCUAAGGACAGUUCAAUUGAAGAAGCCUUAUGUGAUUGAAUGAGACUUCUGAUCAUCAAUAUCAAUACAUCAAAUAGAGACAGUAAUGAACAAAUGUGGAAUCGUAGUAUGUGGUUCCUGCGUAUUUUCAUCGUCAUUUUCUUGAAUUCAACAUAUUGCAUGUUUUUUUUCCAUUAAUUAAGUAUUAUAAAUCACUAUUGUCAUAAAGCAUUGAUGAACAUUUUUCUACAGGCUGUUUUUAAAUAGUUUGAUGCAUAAAUUUUUCUGUAUUAUGGACAUAUUUCUCUAUAUAAAUAUUUCCUUUCUGUUUAUUAUGAUUUGGAAAUAUAUCGUCAUCCAACAAAUGUAAAUGAUAUGAAUGUUUCAAAUUUCAUUUAUUUUGUAGAGUUAAUUUCUAUUCAGAUAUCUGGGAAUUAAUUGCUAUGAUAUAUUUCUUUUAAUGCUUACGUGAGGAUAACUAAUUGAUCACUUGUUUUAUGCAAACAUUAUCUCAUACACUUAACAAAUCUUCUAAGGGUUCACUCUAAUAAAAUAUUUUUAAGCUCUGAAUGACCGUCACUUAUUACUUGACUGAAUAAGUAGAUGUAGAUCUGCGGUGCAUUAAUCAGUAGCUAUAAAGUGUAUGAUUUUAAGUGUAGAUUAUGUAUGACAAGAAAUUUACGCUAGAGUAGCGACAGCAUAUAUCUAAGAAAUCGUUUGAACGAAAGACAUUAAAUUAUGAUUUCUGAAAUGUAUAUGUGAUGUAACAGAGAAAGAAAAGUAAACGAUAUUGUUGAAAUGCGAAAAAAAAAUCUCCGGCUGAUUUAACAUUAAAAUGACGUAGCGAUGAUACUUCAGGUCGAUAGACAUAUGCAUGAUUAUAAUUUCGCUUCAACUUGUCUAAUUAUCCUUAAAAAAUUUAAUUUUCUCAUCUUUUUUUAUGUUCUAAAAAAUGUUGACGAAUUUUCAUGCAUUUAUUAAAACAUUUAAUAAUCGAG